GCAUCGCAACGGCGUAGGCACAACUACACUACGCUUAACACUCAUGCAUGCUGAGGUAUGUGGUGCAGCAAGGAUGAAAAAAAUGGCACAUCGUCAUGCUUUUACACGUAAAUGACACAUGCCAACGGUGAUUUUUGAUCGCGGUUGACCGCAGACCACUGCAGCUAUUACAAGGCUAUCAUCUUAGCCUUUCACGCACAGAAACUCCGAUGUCAUUUCCUUCGUCCAAUGGCAGCCGUUCGAGCGUCCGCCUAAGGUGUCCGUCAUCAUCUUGCAUCCAAUCGAAGGCUGAAAACGCAGCUGCCGUUCCUCCGACUUGUUUGUCUGGCGAUGCGGUGCUGAGACAGGUGUGUUUUGCGGAGGUUGCACGGAAAGACGGUCCGUUGUACAGGAAACCAGUCCGCCCAUGCUAAUGUCGCAUCAGAUGCUAAUUUAGUGCUGCUCCUGGCGUCAUUCGACAGAGAAACAUGCAGCUCCCAGCUCUGCCCCUGUUUGUGUUCUCCUUGGCCUUCUCCUCUACUGCAGCACUUUUCGGUGAGAUACCCAGGAUCUAUGGAGAUGAAGCUACAGGUUAUGGCCCGGUGUUCGAGGAGCAGCCUAUCGACCUCAUCUAUCCAGAGGAGUCACCUGAGGCCAAGAUAUCCCUGAACUGCAGAGCCCGAGCGAACCCACCAGCCACAUACAAGUGGAGGCUGAAUAACUGGGAGAUCAACCUGUCGGAGCAACCUGACGAACACUACAGCCUGGUGGGAGGGAACCUGGUGAUCAACAACCCCGUCAAGCACAAGCAUGCUGGGAAGUAUGUCUGCAUCGCCCAGAAUGAGUACGGAACCGUGUUCAGCAAGGAGGCCACCGUCGAGUUUGGCUACCUGGACAUGUUUUCCACAGAGGAGAGGGAGGCCGUGCAUGUGAGAGAGGGACAAGGGGCAGUUCUACUGUGUGCCCCACCCCUACAUUACCCAGGGGAGCUGUCCUUUCGCUGGAUGCUGAACGAGUUUCCCAUCUUCAUUCCCCUGGAUAAGAGGAGGUUCGUCUCCCAGGCGACCGGGAAUCUUUACAUCUCCAAGGUGGAGUCCGCGGACAGCGGGAACUACUCCUGCUUUGUCUCCAGCCCCUCCAUUGCAAAGAGCGUCUUCAGCAAGUUCAUCCCUCUGGUCCCCUUGGCUGAGCGUCCAGUGAGAAAAUACCCUGCUGAUAUAAGAGUCAAGUUUCCGGAAACUUACGCACUAGUUGGCCAGAAUAUCACACUGGAAUGCUUUGCACUGGGAAACCCUAUCCCGGAGAUCCGCUGGAGGAAGGUGAGCGAUCAGUUACCCGCCAACCACGAGAUCAGCAUGGCAGGAACGUUCCUCCACAUCUUCAACGUGCAGACGGAAGACGAGGGCCAAUACGAGUGUGAGGCCAUGAACUCCAAAGGGAAGGACUGGCACAAUGACUGGCUCCACGUGGAAGCUUCCCCUGAGUGGGUGGAGCAUAUCAGUAACAUGGAGAAAGACAUCGGCAGUGACCUCACCAUGUCAUGUGUAGCUACCGGCAAACCAUUGCCAGAGGUCCGCUGGCUUAAAAAUGGAGACCCGUUAGGAAAAGACGAGCUGAAGUUCAGCAGCCUCACAGUCGAGGACUCCGGCAUGUACCAGUGCAUCGCUGAGAACAAGCACGGAUCCAUCUUCGCGAACGCCGAGCUGCGCGUGAUCGCUUGUGCCCCUACGUUUGAGCACAACCCUGUGAAGAAGAAGGUUCUGGGGGCCAAAAACGGGAGGGUGGUCAUAGAGUGCAAGCCGAAGGCCGCCCCCAGGCCCCGGAUCUCGUGGAGCAAAGGGACGGAGCUACUGUCCAAUUCCUCACGAAUACGCAUAUGGUAUGAUGGCAGUCUGGAGAUCCUCAACGUGACAAAGCUGGAUGAAGGGAAGUACACCUGCUUUGCAGAGAAUGACAGGGGGAAGGCCAAUAGCACCGGGGCAUUGACCAUCACAGAGGCUACAAAGAUCACCCUGGCUCCAUCCAAUGCAGACGUGACAGUGGGAGAGAGCGCUCGGAUGCAGUGCGCAGCGUCACAUGACUCCAGCCUGGACAUCACCUUCAUCUGGUCUGUGGACAUGCGUGUCAUCGACUUCGACCGUGAGAAAGAGCACUACCAGCGCGUUAUGAGUCGAGAUUCGAGCGGGGAGUUGAGAAUCAUAAACACCCAGCUAAAGCAUGCCGGACGCUACACCUGCACGGCCCAGACCAUCGUGGACAACGUCACGGCCUCGGCUGACCUGGUCGUCAGAGGUCCCCCCGGACCCCCAGGUGGGGUACGGGUGGAGGAGACCAAAGACAAGUCCGUAAAGCUGGCGUGGAGCCCAGGCACAGAUAACCACAGCCCCAUCUCCAAGUACACCAUCCAGUACAGAGACGCCUUCUCUGCAGAUCCUGAGGAAUGGAAGAAUGCCACUACAAUUCCUCCGAAUGUGGAAGGCAACGCAGAGACAGCCACUGUGGUUGAGUUAAUACCCUGGACGUUGUACGAAUUCCGAGUGAUAGCAACCAACACGCUGGGGACAGGACAGCCCAGUGCCCCUUCGCCCCAGGCGAGAACGCGUGAGGCAGUUCCUGUGGUGGCUCCCUCAGACAUUGGUGGGGGUGGGGGGACAAGCAGGGAGUUGACCAUCACUUGGACGCCCGUCCAGCCUCAGUACUACUAUGGCCCGAACUUCGGCUACAUCGUCGCCUUCAAGCCGCACGACUACACCGAGUGGAGGAAGGUGACGGUGGCCGACCCCGAGGCCAGGCGCUACGUCCACAAAGACGCCUCCAUCCCCCCGGCCACCCAGUUCCAGGUGAAAGUGAAGGCCUUCAACAGCCAGGGGGAGGGCCCCUAUAGCCUCACGGCUGUCAUCUACUCCGCGCAAGACGUCCCCUCCGAAGCCCCAGCAGAUGUGGAGGCCACGCCCCUGUCGGCUACCGAGGCCCUCGUGUGGUGGCUCCCCAUCAACCAACCAAAUGUAGAAGGCUAUCAGGUGAGAUACUGGAGGAAGCACUUCGACAGCGAGGCGGCCGCCCAGCGGGUCCUGGUGGCCAGCGCAGAGAACCAGACGAGGCUGGUGAACAUGCAGCCGGACUCCCACUACACGAUCGAAGUCCGAGCCUACAAUGCUGCCGGCUGCGGCCCCCCGGGAGACAUUGCUGAGAUCUUCACAAAGAAAGCACCCCCAAGCCGCCCUCCUAAAAUUAUCAGGAAAACACUUAGCUUCAGUGGAGCCACGGUGAAUAUUGCAUGGGAGCAUGUGGAACCCUUGGCUAAUGAGUCCACGGUAGAAGGCUACAAGGUCCUCUACAGGCAAGCAGGUCAUACCACUGGGAAAGUGUAUACCACUGGAAAACAUUACAUAGACCUGCCUGCUCCUAAGGAGGGGGACUAUGUCGUAGAGGUCCGUGCACACAGUGAAGGUGGAGAUGGGGCUGUGGCAGCAGUGCGGAUUUCAGGGGGCGCAGUACUGGCAGCGCAGUCACUCAGCCUGGUCACCCUGCUGGUGGUGGCACUCAGCUGCCUGGGACUCUGAAUGUAGUGUCGCCUUUGUUAGCCUUCACUCCGGUGGAGAGGACUCUGAGAGGACGACGCAUACGAGGACUCUGGCUCUUUCCACAAUCCUUGGUUUCCGCCAGCAGCCAAAUACAGUAUUCCCAGGAAUAUGGAUGUGGAAAAGACACAUUACAAAAAAAAAAAAAAAAAAAAAAAUUUGGAAAGGACAAAGACAUCCAGGAAAUCCCGUUUAGUACCUAUGAAAUCUCUUUGGAGACGUAUCAAAAGAGUUAUUUUAACUUGUUCAGUAUGCCUUAUGUAAACACUUACACUGAUCUUUUACUGCUGCACGGCUUCUUAAGUCGUGAGACAUAAAGUAAUAUGUACAACCAAGGCUGUCAGGAGUCGUUCUCCAAACUGUAGUAUAAACCUACAUGGUCACAUCAGGGGCUUUCGCCCCAGUGCAGAACGCCUUGUUUAAAAAAAGUGAAAAUUCAUGUAAUUGAGAAAUUAAUUGACAUCUUAAAGCAUUGCAUUACUUAGCAAGUGAUUAGUUGUGAAGG